CGAAAAACCGAGAAUAACGAGAAAUCAACCACACCUCACACAAACACACAAGGGAAAAGGAAAAUCAAUGGCUUCUACUAUGGAGUUGUUACACUCGCAAAAAAUCGCCUUUAUAGGAGGAGGCAACAUGGCCUCAGCAAUCAUCUCCGGCCUCCUCUCCACCUCCUUUCCCGCCUCACAAAUCACCGUCUCGGAACCCUGGGAAGUCAAUCGGGAGAAGAUUUCUGCUAUGGGAGUGAAUAAUACUUCCAACAAUCUCGAAGCUCUGGUGGGUAGUGGUGAAGGUGGAAAGAAGGUGGUAGAUUUUAUAUUCUUGGCAGUAAAACCACAGGUGGCGAAAGUCGUGUGUAAGGAGAUUGGAGAGUUUUUUGCCGGGAAUGGUGGCGAGGGUGAGGGUGGAUCAUCAUCAUCAUCAUCAUCAUCAUCAUCAUUACCGGUAUUGGUGUCGAUUGCGGCGGGAAUUACGGCAGAGUCGAUUCGAGGGUGGAUUGUAGAGGGAGGAAAAGAAAAGGGAAAGGAAGGAGGAUCGUUGCCGGUGGUGAGGGUGAUGCCGAAUACUCCUGCGUUGUUGGGUGAGGGGGCGAGUGGAUUGUAUGCGGGAGAGGAUGUGAGUGCGCAGCAAAAGGAAUUGGUGACGGCGUUGUUGAAGAGUGUGAGUCGGGUGGUGGAAUGGGUGGAUCGGGAGGAGUUGUUGGAUGUGGUGACGGGGUUGAGUGGUUCGGGACCGGCCUACUUCUUCGCCCUCGUCGAACACCUCAUCACCAGCUCCGUCCGCCUCGGCCUCUCCGAAUCCCAAGCCACGCGCCUCGCCACGCAAACCUGUUUUGGUGCAGGAAAAAUGUUAGUCGAAUCCACCUCUGCGGGCAAAGAAUCUCCUGCGCAAUUGAGAAAAAAUGUCACGAGCCCGAAUGGUACCACGCAAGCUGCUUUGGAGAGUUUUGAGGCUUCGCGUUUGGCGGAGAUUGUGGAUCGCGCUGUGAAAGCUGCUGCGGAUCGGGGGGAGGAGUUGGGGAGGACUUUGGGGGGGCAGUAGAUGGAUUUGGAGUUUUUGGGGGGACCGCGGGUUGAGAAUGGGAUGGAAAGGAAAGGGAGGACGGGGAGGUGGAGAGGCACCAAUGUAUCAAAAAAAAGUGUCAUGUUGGUAGUAUACAUCUACUACGCCUCUUUCUCGCCUCACCACUAUGCAAAAAAAAAGAAAAGAAAGGCUGAAGAUUUUUCUAUUCCCGCAUUUCCCAAAGAAAAGCAAUACCCUCCCUCAUCCUCGUCCAUCCUCUUCCUUCUUCUUCUUCAUAAAACCAAAAGAAAAGAAAAAAGAAAAAAAGUUCAUCUUCACCUCCCACAAUUUCCCUGCUUAACCUUCCACUUCUCCACCCUCUCCUUCAACCAUCCACUCAUCCACUUAUCCUGCCCAUCGCCCAAUUUCGAAUGCUCCAUAAUCUCUCCUAAUCGAAUUUUGAAAUCCAAAUAACAUUUCCCCGUCGCCCAUUUCCACUGCACACAUUCGUCCGGGACCUUCCACGGAUGCGGUGCUCCGCGUCUCUCACAUGCCAGACGACAGUUUUCUGCACUGUCGACUGCUGCUCCUGUGAUUUGGUCGAGUGUGGCUUGAUCGUCGCCAGAGAGUUGGGGGAUGUUGGGGCCGGCGACGCCGAUGCCUCGGGUUUUGGGAUCGAUUUCGAUUUUGAUCCAUUGUGCAUGAUUGUCCCAUUCUUCGCGGUCGUCUCGGCCCAAGUUUUCGAUGUUGGGGUAGAUCAUUUCUUCGAAAAUGUCUUUGUAGAGAUAGGUCUGCUUCCAGGAUCCGCCGUUGACUUUUUCGACCCAGUUUUGUUGGAAUUGGUACAGUUCAUCGACUUGGUUUUCCUUGACGUGAUGCCAUGUGAUGGGCGUUUUGCACCAGAGCUCGGAAUCCGCAUUGCCUGGUUGGGGUAAUUCCCAGGGUAUGGUCAAUGGGGAUUCGCCUUGAAUCAUCGGUCGAGCGCUGGUGACGUGGACUCCCACAUCGGCGAAGGCGUGUGCGAGGACAGCGUCGCCGCAACAUACCUGAUCCGUAUGGUCUUCCCAGUAUUUGUCGUAGGCUUGGAUACUCGUCUCGCCGGAGUCCUCGAAUUCGGGCGUAAAGUUCUUGCGUUUGGUUUCGACUUUUUCAAUGGCGGUGCGGCUCAUGAUAAUUCCACUGCCUCCAUGGUUGAAGGUUGAGCCAUCUGCGACGAGCAUUGCCGGAGAACCAAUGAAAUGGGGUUCAGAGGGGUCUUUGUCACGUAAGAAAUGGAUGAGGUUCAGCCACGAGAGCGAAGUGUCUGCUUCAAUCAUGACGAACCAGUCGAUAGUAUUGUGCAGCUCGGUCUGGGAAUGUGACCAGGCUUUGUGGAUCAUGGGUAGGAAUUUCCACUUGUCGAGGUCCCAGGCAUCAGGGCCUGCAAGCUUGGAGGGAUCUUGCCCAGACGCAUGGUAGAAGGCAAUGUCGUUGUAGAGGUGGAAGGAUGAGCGGUUUUCUUUGGUGGUUUGUGUAACCAGUUCCAGAACGUCGUAGACGGGUACGGAGCCGAUGGUUUGCUCCAGGUCGGAAAUAAUCAUGUAAUGUGGAAUGCAUUUGAAUGUACUUUCAAAGUGCAUGGGAAGACGGUCGUAGAUGGCCGUGGCUCCCGUCUUGAGGAGAACGAGAAUGUUUUCGGCUCCUGGAAGAUGGAGGCAGUCGUCCCAUGUUUCGCCAGUAGGGACUGUGUCGUGGCUGGAUGCGACGGGUACCGGGCGGUGAUCGACGAGGAGCUCUUUGUCCUCGGUAUGCGCGUCGACGGUGGCGGCCGGAGUGUGAUAUCUGCUGGUGUAUGUGUCGAGUGAUGUGCUACUUCGCGAGUACCAUGUCCCGCAGAGGAUGAAGAUGGCAAAUGCUGCAGCCACGCACAGGGUGGCCCAUCUGCUCAGUGGAAGCGGGAAGCCGCGUGAAGAGGCCACCAUGGUCGCAAGCUUCUCCAUCAUGAUAGAUCGUGGCGUGGGAGAGGGAGCAUACUGCGGACUGCGUGGCGCGAUCUGGUGUGAGUGGUGGAUGCGAGGUUACCAAAUAGGAGCUUACCAUAAUUCAAGCAUAUCGACGCCAUUCUCCGUACGGCGUAGUUCAGAUUGUUCGGCAGGCAUGUGCUCAGUCGAGGUGCGAAACGGUGGAAGACGGGUUCAGAAGGCGAGGAUGGGGCGAUGUUAUUCCCCUAAUCUCCCGGGCGCGCGACCCUGGUAUAGUGCUGAUGUUGGACAUGGGGUCCAUCGGCCUAUUCGAGUGUGUCGGCAGUCCAUACCAACUGCUUCCCUGGUUGGGUUACGAGUGCGUGCUUGCAUAUCCAUGUGUGGAUGCUUCGGUCGACAGGGUCUACUCUGAGGUAUAUUUAAAAAAGCGUUCAACCGGGCAGAGGAUGAUCCCUGCACUUCGGAUCUGUCACCUGAAAUUGGGUUGCGUAUGGAAGGGUACUCGUGUUCGACGUGUUGCGGAGGGGUGCCCGUCGAGAGUACUGUUCAUUUCUGUCAAACACACACAUCCAGCACACCAGCACCGCAGCGGAUCGCGAAACCCAUCUGCUCAAAGCAGGUUGAUAUUGGUAUCGGUAUGCUGUGUUACGCAUGAGCGGCGUAGUCCCUCUUCCAGAUUGCGUCAAACUUCUCCUUGUCGACAGCGAAGUCGCGCAUAUACUCCCAUUCCAUCUCGUGCAUUCUCGACCCACACAAUACUAGACUGUGUAGGGGCCUCCCCAGAUCUGCUUGCGCCAGCUCCUCCAGCGUACCUGCGACGAUCUGCUCUCCUUCGCUACCCAAGCGUGCCACGCCCACCGCCAACUUCUCCUUACCACACACGUUUUGAUUCCGCUUCUCCUCCACCUCGAGCAUCUGCUCCGCGCACUGCGCUACCGUCAUAAAGCGCGGGGGCUCGUAGACAGUCUUUCCUCUCGCCAGCGCCUCCAGAUUGGGCUCUUUGACCUUAAUGUCCAACAGCACGAGUGUGUGAAGUCCGAGAGCGGAGUUUUCAGCAACACGAUCGUAGAAGCUGUCCGGUUUCCAGGUGUCGGUGAAGAAGACCAUAGAGACGGUCUGGCCAAAGUUGUACAGACUCAGUCCCGUUGCGCCCACGGCUGUCAGGAUGCUGGCGUUCGGCAGCGUCCUGUACGGGAUGGGCGGGUCGUUCUGUCGACAGCGCAGAGCGAAGUCGGUGUGUGUGGUGGCACUGAAGGGGUCACCGACGACGAGAAAGGCCACGUCCUUCUCGGCGGCGCCGUCGAGGAUGGCGUCGGACUGCGACUCGACCAUUUCGCGGUCGGCGACGAUGAUGGAGCGGCCAUAGUAAGCUUCCUACAGUCGUCACGCCGAUCAGCGUGUGUCGUGGCGGGUAUGCGGUAGAGGUUGCUGCUUCAUACGAGCUGCUCCUUGUCGACGAGGAGGACUGCGGUGUAUGCUUCGAGGUACACGCGUUCGGCGCGGCGCACGAUUUCGAGGCCUCGUGCGCUGAUAUCGCGCUCGUCGGCGAGUCCCAGCCCGAUAAUGUACAGCAUGUCUACUGCGAGUUUACCUAUAGGUAGAUAUGUACUAC